AUGGUUCGCAUAGCUAAGAAAAAGGAUACCUGGCCCAGUCGUGCGAUCGACGCAGAAAUGUGCAGGCUCAUGUUUCGGAUAUGGGAUCCUCAAGUAAUCGACCGAGGGAUUGUAUAUGUAUUCCACAACUUAUAUUCCCCUCGAUUCGAUAAUGGAAGCUCCUCAGUAACUUUGGCCACCACGAAACAUCAGGAGCUGUUGUCAUAUAUUCGUGGAAACUUCCAGCAGCAUCGAGAACAGGGUGUGCCUGACUCUGUGGAAAGUACAGUCAAACCUUUCAAGACCUACACACGACCCGCUAUUCGUGCCAGAGAUAACCAAUGA